AUGUCAGAACAAGUGAACCACAACACCAUCGAAACUCUUACUGGAUCAAAUUACCAGAAAUGGAAGCAGGAUCUGGAAAUAUCUCUUGGUUUUCUGGAUUAUGACUUUGUUUUAAAAGAGGAUCCUCCUCAAGAGCCUGCUGCAGAUGCCUCUGCAGAAACUAAAACUAAGUUUGCUAAAUGGAAUAAAGCAAAUAAGAUGGCAAUACUAAUUAUGCAGAGGGCUAUGAUAUCAUCAGUCAAAGGUAGCAUUCCAAAAUCAGAAACUGCUAAGAAAUACUAUGAGGCAAUUGCACAAAGGUUUAAGGAAUCUGAAAAAGCAGUCAAGAGCACUUUGUUGAACAGGUUGAUAGACAUGAAGUAUGAUGGACAAGGCUGUGUGAGGGCUCAUAUUCUGAAUAUGAUUGACAUAGGAACCAAAUUGCAGGAACUAGAGAUGACAGUUGAUGAGGACAUGAUGGUGCAUUUUGCCUUAAACUCAUUGCCAAAGGAUUUCAAGAACACAACAUCAUAA